GCAUUUACAAGAUGGCACACGCCGAGAUGAUUGUAUCACUGGCAUUUGUUAUGUGUCUCCUCCUGAAUGGUAUACAUGGAGCCGUUGUUGAUGAAGACUGCGAGAUUGUCCGUAUAAAGGAUGUAUCCCACGACUCCCCAGCCAGUGCCGUCUACCAGCCAAGCUCAGUAGAAGACUGCGCCGAAAUAUGUAAGGAGGACAACCGUUGUCUGGCUGCAACUUUUGAGAAAGCAAGAUUCAAAUGCGCCCUGCAUUAUAUGAUAACACCGCUUAAGGGAAAUACAGAGGUUAAGAAUCACGAAUAUGAUUUUCUUGUGAAGAAGUGUCCGGAGAAAGUUAAAAACGAAGGAUGCCGCAUGCUCACCCUCACUGGUCGUCAGAGGCCUAAUACAAUAUUCAGCAGAUACAGGUUAGACAGGAGUGAUGAUUGCAAGCUACUGUGUAAGGUAGACCCCGGAUGUGUAGCAGCCUCCUACGAAAAGCCGUACACCCUCUGCUGGAUCCAUUACGAACUAGGCUACGUGUUGCACGACCGAAGCGACCAAUUUUACGAUUACUACGCCAAGGCGUGCGAGGCAACCAUUGAGAUCUGCAGCAUAACCGCCACAGAAGAUGCCAGACAGGUUACCGAAGUCUACAAAGAGGUUGAUGUCCAGACAGCCUAUGAGUGUGGGGAAGAUUGCGAAAGAGAUGAUAAAUGCCAUGCUGCGACCUUCGUUAAACCCAAGGUCGAACUGAAGGAGAACAUCUUUGUUUUGCCACCGAAGAGACCCGCAUUUUGUCUGGAGUACGAACAAGUUGGAGAGGUCAAAGCAGGCGAUCUCGCGAAGGGGAAUUUCGUCCACAUCAAGAAGAGUUGUGAGGUCAUCCAAGUCCGGCAACCAGAAAUUGACCUUUGUGCCUCCAAUCCGUGCCUUCAGGGGUCAAAAUGUCGUGCAAUUAAUGGCACCCAUCGAUGUAUCUGUGAGAUGGGCUACGAGUAUUUGGAGGACAAAGGAUGUACUUACACAUGUCAUGAUAACUUUGGCAAAACCUACUACGAUGGUGAUGAAGUCACCUUCAAGUGUUCAACACACAGGUGCAGCAAGGCGGAGGGACUGCAGGUCGAGUUGGCCUGUGAGACUUCAGAUGGUCGGUGUCUCCCCGAUGGUUCCUCAGACUUCACCUGUAUCUUAAACGGCGCGAAGGAGGAGCAUUGUAUGUGCUACAUUGAUUCUUCUUCUUCCAGUGUCAUGUACUUCCCUCUCUUGGAAACUGAGUAAAGUACGCACACAACUGCA